AUGGAAGAACAGGUAGCAAAUGCCAUUGAGAUCGCCUGGAAUCCGUCCUCCGACCAAGCCCUAAAAUCGCAAGCCUUCGACUACCUCAAUCAACUCCGCUCCGACCCCUCCGGAUGGCAGGUUUGCCUCUCUCUCUUCACCAAAACCCCACAACAGCCCGAAGUCGUACGGCAUGUCAGUUUGGAGAUUGUCAAUAGUGCCUGCCAGGUCGGCUUGAUCGAUCUGGCUUCACUUGGCAUCGUUCGAGAUAGUUUACUGGGCUACAUCCGCCAGGCCUACGGCCCAGAGGCCACUGCCACCCCCGAUCCUCCUUAUAUCCAAAACAAAAUUGCGCAGACGAUCACUUUCCUUUUCUCUUCCCUCUAUGCGAACGGCUGGGAAUCUUGCAUCGAUGACCUAUUGGGCCUGACCAACAAAUCCGCCGGUCGUGACAACCAGAUCGGCGUUGUCUUCUAUCUGCGUGUGCUGAACUCGAUCCAUGAGGAGAUUGGAGAUGUGCUGGUUUCCAGAUCUCGCGGGGAACAGGACAAGGCGAAUGCGCUAAAGGACCUGAUCCGUGAGAGGGACAUGCAAAAAAUUGCCAACUCGUGGCAGGAGAUUCUGGCUGUGUGGCGGGAUGGUGAUGACACAAUUGUGGAAAUGUGCUUGAAGGCGGUUGGCAGCUGGGUGAGCUGGAUUGACAUUGGUCUGGUUGUGAAUCAGACCAUGCUGGAUCUGCUCUUCCAGCAGCUUGGACGGGCCGAGAAACAAGAACUUCGGGAGGGAGAACAACGGGUGCGCGAUGCAGCUAUCGAUGUCUUUACGGAGAUCAUUGGCAAGAAGAUGAAACCCUCAGACAAAAUUGAGAUGAUUGUCUUCCUGAACCUUGAUACCAUCAUUACCCAGCUGUCCAACAGCCCCCCGCUACGAGAGUGCCGAUUUACCUUCAAAUACGACACUGAUUUGGCAGAGACGGUUGCUAAACUUGUCAACAAUACGGUCGUGGAUAUUGUACGAGUAUUAGAUAAUGAUGCUGGUCCCGUCAAGGAGCAGGCAGAAAACCUGUUGCAGGUCUUCCUGCCGCACAUUUUGCGAUUCUUCUCUGACGAGUAUGACGAAGUUUGUUCGACUGUCAUUCCCUGCGUCAAUGACAUGCUCACCUACAUCCGCAAAUUCGCCAAGACGAACCCAUCUUUCGAGGAGCGUAACAAGCCUAUCCUGCUCCCAAUUCUCAAGGCCAUUGUCGCGAAAAUGCGGUACGAUGAAACCUCAAACUGGGGCGAGGAGGACGAGCAGACAGAUGAGGCAGAGUUCCAAGAGCUGCGCAAGAGAUUGGGUGUCUUGCAACAAAUCAUCGCCUCGGCCGAUGAGCGUCUUUACAUCGAUGCAAUCUCAGAGGUGGUAGGAACAACUUUCGAGAAUCUGCGCGCGUCCGGUGGGCAGCUUGACUGGCGUGACCUCGAUCUCGCACUGCAUGAGAUGUUCUUAUUCGGCGAUUUGGCUGUCAGGGGCGGAAGUCUCUACAUGAAGGGCGCUCCUACUGGCAUGCCUGCGAGCCGUCUCAUUGAGAUGAUGCUCGCAUUGGUGGAGUCUGAUAUCCGAUCUUUCACCCACCCCGCGACGCAACUCCAGUACAUGGAAAUCUGUGUUCGCUAUAGCUCUUUCUUUACUCACCACACUCAUCUCAUCCCCGGCGUUCUGGAGAGCUUCCUCCAGCUUGUGCACCACCCUGUUCGGAAAGUCAAGACUCGUUCUUGGUACCUGUUCCAGCGGUUAGCCAGACAGCUGCGUAGUCAAAUUGGCAACGUAGCACAGAAUGUCGUAGAGGCAUUGAGUGACUUGUUGGUUAUCCACGCUGAGGUGCCUUCGGAGGGCGAUGAUGGCGACGAGAUGUCCUCUGAGGACCACGAAGGCUCCGCAGACGCCGUCUUCAACAGUCAAUUGUACCUCUUCGAGUCUGUUGGAAUCAUCUCUUCGACUCCGGGCGUCGGUGCAGACAAGCAGGUUCUUUACGCCCAGUCGGUGAUGAGUCCUGUCUUCGGUGAUAUGGAACGUAACCUCGAAGCCGCCAAAGCAAAUGACGAGCGCGCACUACUGCAAAUUCACCACGAUAUUAUGGCUCUAGGAACUCUCGCCCGUGGCUACUCCGAUUGGCAACCGGGCACCAGCUCACCCUCUGUCCUCCCCGCGCCAGAGGUCUCAGCAGCUUUCGCCCAGGUGGCCGAAGCGACCCUGGUUGCGCUUGAGUCUCUCAAAACCUCGUUCAACAUCCGCACUGCUGCUCGCUUUGCGUUCUCGCGCCUCAUCGGCGUUCUCGGCGCUCAGAUUCUCCCUCAGCUACCCCGAUGGAUCGAUGGACUAUUGACUCAGACCUCAUCUCGCGACGAGAUGGCAUUGUUCCUCCGACUUUUGGAUCAGGUAAUCUUCGGCUUCAAGGGAGAGAUUUAUAGCAUUCUUGACACCCUCUUGACGCCUUUCCUGCAGCGAGUGUUCUCUGGUAUUGCGGACCCAACGACCGGCACUGAUGACGAGAUCCAACUUGCCGAGCUGAAGCGGGAGUAUCUGAACUUCUUGUUGGCAGUGCUGAACAAUGACCUGGGCAGUGUCAUUAUUAGCGAGAGGAACCAACCCAUGUUCGAAACCGUGAUCACCACUAUCGAACACUUCGCCAAAGACAUCGAAGACUUCACAACUGCCAAGAUGGCAUUCUCCGUGUUGGGCCGCAUGGCAGCCUGCUGGGGUGGACCGGACAUCGCCCCUGCGCCUGCCAAUGGCGCCGCACCCGCCCAAGCCGCACUCCCCGGCUUUGGUGGAUUCAUGAUCACCCGGUUCUCGCCCCUCUGCUGGGCCCUCCCCACGACGCCAAACUUCAACUCCAAAGAUGCGCAAGCCAAGCAGGUCCUUGCCGAGGCUGGCGGUUUGCAGCGCACCAUCUACUCUAAGACAGGCAUGGAAUAUGCGGAAUACUUGCGUAGCCAGGAACUGCCCGGCAUGGGCAUGGGUGCCGAUCUCAUCGAAGAGUUCCUGGGCGCAUUGGGCCAGCUGGACGUGAAAGGGUUCCGGCAAUUCUUCCCGUCAUUCAUCCAACGAUUGAGCGCAUGA